AUGUGGUUGAUGCUGUCUGGGAGGCUUUGCCCCAUAUGGCCAAUUUGGCACCACCAACUCCUGGCAUCUAUACCGUCAUUCUCGAUCUCCAUCGUCGUUUGGUUUCUAUCCUGGCAUCCUGCGGGAAAGACAUCUACAGAUUCUGUGCUCAAUUUCCCCGGUCGUAUCGCAUGGUGCGCCAUGGAGAUCGUCGGUCCAGUGAACUUGAUCUACAACCUGAUGCUUCCAUCUAUCUACUCGCCUUCGAUUGGCGAUCUGCCAGCAUCGAAUAUCAUGGUUGCAUCGUUGUAUUGCAUUCACUACUUUAACCGUGCAAUCAUUUCCCCCUUUUUUGCUGCACCGAGCAUGUCGCCAAUCCACCUCUUCAUCAUGUCUUCUGCCAUGCUGUUCAACUGGUUCAACUCCUCAUGUUUAGCAGGCUGGUUGCGCGGAUACACAGUUCCAACCAUUCCACUGUACCGAAGUACCUCCCGUUCCAGCCUGGUGGACCUGAUUCCUACCGUCGGUGUCAUUUUGUUCGCAAUCGGCAUGGCCGGCAACAUCUAUUCCGAAAGGAUGCUGUUCCGACUUCGACGGGAAGAAGCUGAAAAGCGAACCAAAAAGACUGAUGAGACUGGUACUAACAAAUUCCACAAAGUCUAUGUCAUCCCCCCUGCCAAGGGUGUUUUCCGCUACAUCCUCUACCCGCACUACGUUUUUGAGUGGAUCGAGUGGUUUGGUUUCGCACUUGCCGGUACAGCUGUCGUCCCCCUGUCAGGUCUGCCACCUGCAUCCUCUGCGGCCACUACUCCUCCCUUACGACUUGCCCCGUGGUUGGUUCCUGUCGCAUGGGUGGCCGGUAAACUCGCUGUACCCCUUCCGAUACCCGCUGUUGUCUUUGUCAUUAACGCCGUAGCGAAUAUGCUACCCCAUGCGCGGUGGGGACGGGUAUGGUACGUUGAGAAAUUUGGAGAGAAGGCAGUUGCUGGAAGAGGAGCGGCUGUGCCUGGGUGUACCUGGAUGUGA